AAACGUCAUCACUUUCAAACUCAACUUAAUCACACAAAACAAUGCAAGAUAUUAGCCGGGUGGUCAAUCAACAAGAAGUCAGGACUCAGCAGUGUUGGCAGUCAAACACGUACAAUCAAAAAUUCCAUCUUAGUGUUCUGCGUCAGAAGGCACAACUAACUAAUCAGUUGUCUGGUCGAGGAACUUCUUCCACAAACCAUCACCAAUCACCAAAGUGUUGUCUCGCAAUCUUUGUUUCAUAUCCUGUCUCAGUUGUCUGUUCGUUGCAAUAUACCAGACCUUGCUUCAAAGACAAUUCAGUGGACUUGUGCCCACCCUGUCUUUUCUUCCCAAACUCACCACUGUGACCGUGCUCCUCUGUAGGAGAUCUCUUGCCUCAAUGGCCUGGUACUGUUCUGGUUCUACCAAUGCACAACUAGUUCAUAACCUCUUUGAAUCGGGUCUUAUCAAAACUGAACGAGUUAAAAAUGCUAUGCUCAAUGUUGACCGCGGUGACUACUCUCCAACCAACCCGUAUGCCGACUCUCCUCAGAGCAUAGGAUACUCGGCCACCAUCUCUGCUCCACAUAUGCAUGGCCACGCCUGCGAGUAUCUUCUUCCUUAUCUUCAUCCCGGGUCGCGUGUGCUCGACAUCGGAUCUGGCUCGGGUUAUCUAACACACGUCCUCGCAAAUCUAAUUACAGACUCUUCAUCUCCUCCGUCAUCUACGGAUGGCCAUGUCAUCGGCAUUGACCAUAUUCAGGGCUUAGUCGACAUGUCUCGCAGCAAUAUGGCCAAAUCUGCAAGUGGCCGUAAACUACUUGAAUCUGGUAAAGUAAAAUUUGUUACCGGUGAUGGGCGCUUGGGUUGGCCGGAAGGUGGUCCUUACGACGCCAUUCACGUUGGAGCAGCAGCGGCUACCAUCCAUCCAGCUUUGAUCGAACAGCUAAAAGCACCUGGUCGAAUGUUUAUUCCAGUUGAGUCUGGAGGAGAAGCUGGUAGCCCCAGGUUGUUCGGCUUGGGCGGUCCGCAAUAUAUCUGGGUGGUUGACAAAAGGGACGACGGCUCAGUCCAUAAGGAAAAAGUGUUCGGAGUUAGCUAUGUUCCACUAACUGAUGCGCCCAAAUAAAUUGUUAGAUUGGGUGCAUGACUCGCUUUUACACUGUCUUCAUUUUGCUUUGGGCUUGGUGGUGAAAAAUCAAGACACCGGUAAUGGUUGCACGUGAUGCAAUUGUGACACUGUUCUGUUUUUGGGAAGUAAAGUAUUCCCUGCUGGAUCUUUGCUACUUGACUUCCAACUUCACUUGAAAAAUAAUGAUCUCUGUUCAGGAUG